UAAAGAAGAAGAGAAUUUCCUCCUUUUUUAUAUUGAAUUCCACCCACCGGAUAUUGCACACAUUUUAUAGCAUCUCUUUCUCCCUGGUUUUCUUAUUUUAUUGAUUAUCUGGACAGUUGCUGGAAGGUUUAGAAGGAGCUAGAGGAUAAGAUUCCCUUCAAACCGAAUUUAUCAGCCCCUGUGACUCUCCCACAUGAGCUACCAGAGGCAUGGAGCUACGGGGACAGCUCUCCAGCUGCUUGUUCUGUGCCAUACUCCUAGCAGCAAUUCCUUUUUCAGAGAGUUUUGAAGUCAACUCAUCCCCAACUGUCACUGGGAUUGUCGGCCAGGAUAUGCUCUUAUCCUGCCAGAUCUCCACCAGGACACAGCCGGCCAAUAUGGAAGUGCAGUGGAAGAAAAUCAUCCUGGCGAAUAUAGAGAUUGUCCAUGAAUACAGAGCCCAGACAGGCCAGGAUGUGCCAGGGCUGAACUACCAGGGCCGGACUGUGCUGUUAAAGGAUGGAUUCAGCUCUGGGAAUGUGUCUUUAAAGCUGAAGAACAUCCAACUGGCUGAUAGGGGAACAUACAACUGCAUUGUGAAGUCUAAUGAGUGGAGCGCUGAUGCUACAACUGAGCUACAAAUUGCAGAAACCUCUGAGGAGAUCACUGAAUUUAAAAAUGGCGAAACACUGAGAGAGAAAGGAAAAAAGAGAGUAAGAUUUUCCAUCCCAAAAACCCGUGAGCAGAACACUGAAACUUUUGAGAAAAACACCGAAAAAAUGGCUGAGGCUAACUUAGACCAACAAAAGAUUCUCGUGGGCACGAUUGUUGUCCUCAUUGUUAUUAUUAUCAUCGGGAUCGUCUUCUUCAUUUAUUAUUGUUUAAGAAACAGAAGGAGAGAUCCUGAAAAAGGAACACUCAUCAGUGCAGAAGAAGGACGCGGAGUUGGUUGGAGGCAGAGUCAGGGUAAGUUCAAGUGUCUUUUAUAA